AUGGUUGAGAAUUUAGCCGCUGUUUUACAUGGACCAUAUGAUCUUAGACUUGAAAAAUAUCCCGUGCCAUCAAUUAAUGAUAAUGAGGUAUUAAUAAAAGUAGCCUGCGUGGGAAUAUGUGGAUCGGACCUGAAAAUAUAUUCUACCGGGCGCUGCGGCCUGGAGGUGAUCACGGAGCCGCUGGUCAUGGGCCAUGAGGGAGCUGGUGUCAUUGUCCAAGUUGGUGCAAACGUAACAAGCCUCAAGCCGGGCGACCGUGUAGCGAUUGAGCCAACACAACCCUGCAGGUCCUGCGAAUUCUGCAGAGCUGGCCGCUACAACUUGUGCGACAAGCCGCAAUAUUGCUCCACUGCAAGUGCACAUGGCAAUUUGUGUACUUAUUAUAAACAUGUUGCUGAUUUUUGUCAUAAAAUACCGGAUAACGUGAGUAUGGAAGAGGCAGCGGCAGUGCAGCCGCUAGCGAUCGCAAUCCACGCGUGCAGCCGCGCGGGCGUCAAGCUUGGCGCCAACAUUGUGAUAUUCGGUGCCGGACCCAUUGGAGUCCUGUGCGCUAUGACCGCCAAAGCUAUGGGGGCUGCUAAGAUUUUGAUGACUGACGUGGUGGAAUCUCGAUUAGAAACAGCUCGCCAAUUAGGUGUCGAUUACACACUUAUGGUCAAAGAUCUAUCGGAUCAAGAAGUUGUUGACAAGAUCUUGGAAAUAAUGGGGACAAAUCCGAAUCUAAGCAUAGAUGCGUGUGGAUUUGCUUCUGCGCAAAGAGUAGCUUUAAUGGUAACACGCACAGGUGGAACGGUGCUUGUAGUUGGUAUAGGUGAAGAAAUGGUACAAGUGCCUCUGUCUGGGGCACUGUUGCGGGAAGUUAAUAUCAUCGGCGCGUAUCGUCUUCUGAACUCAUAUCCAUCAGCAUUAGCCGCAGUAUCCAGCGGUAGAUUAGAUCUCAAAUCGUUCAUCACCCACCAUUAUCCGUUACAGAAGACACAGGAAGCAUUCGAGUUAGCAAAGAGUGGAGAAGCCAUGAAAAUUAUCAUACAUGUCGAUCAAACUGUUGUUUAAAUGUUAAUACUUAAUAGUUAAUAG